AUGUCCGUCGAUGCCCACGAUUAUAUUCCGCCGCUCGCAUUCGAGCCGUUCGCAGUCAGUGUAACUCAGCCCGAAUUGGCUGCUGCUCUUCCUGUUCCUACGCCCCCGGGUGCGAGCGCGAGACGCGGCACAAGUGAUGGCCCGCAUGCGCACCGCAAUGGGCUUGGACCGUGGCACGCUUCGACCAGGAUCCCGCUGCACGGUCCGCGUCUGAGCAGACGACAACUCCUCCAGCGCGGACUCGCGCUCGGCCUCGCGGCACAGCAGGCGCCUAUCCCGAGCAGCCCUCCCGUCCGUGGCGCCUCUCUACCGACGCCCAACACUGACUCGCGGGACGAUCCUGCACCACAGAGCUCGACGCGACAACAUGCAUAUGUCGAUAAUGAACCUUACAGCCCAGUUCCGGUAACCCCGCCCUCGUAUAUCGCUGAUGGGGUGAGCCGAUCCACGUCCGAUGCGGUGCCCAACUCGCUUCCAAGAAAGAUCAGCGAGGACGAUCGUGGUACGCUGCACAGGAGGAGAAGGAGGGCGACAACUGGCGGGGACGGCGAACAACGUGGAGGUGGCCUGUCGACCGAUGGGCAGGGCAUGGGCAGUGCGGAUAGAGGGCGAGGUCUGGAGGCAAAGGCUCAUAGCAUCUCGCGGCCAAGUACAAGUGCACUCGACAGACGAAGUGACCACAAGCAGGACCUGCCCCGUGCUGUCCUCGUCAACAGCAUCCUCGCAAGCUCCAAAGAACAAGCCGCCGCCACCGACGUCGCCGGAAAGCACGUCGACGCGGCCAACCCUCGAUAUUCCAUACUGGACUCUGCGAGCAUCCUCUCCUCGCGGCCCGCAUCGGCUCUUUCAGAGGAGAUGAUCGACCAGCUGGAAACCCUUGCGGAGGGGCUCCGCGCGCUGAGCGUCGGGUCCAACGGGCCUCCAGAUUCCCCAGCGCCCACGCAGACCGUCUACACACCUGUGCGUCCGCUCGUGCGCGUUUCCAGUCCGAAGCAUGGUCCACGCGCAUGCUCGCCGCAGUUGCAGCCUGCGAUGCAGCGUGCAGGGAAUCCGCGAGUUGAGAAGGAGCCGGUGUCCCAGGCGCAGGCGCAGGCGCCCGCGUGUGGUCCGGUGGAGGGCGCUGAUAUGGAAGGGAGGAGUGAGAUGGAGACAACGCAGAUGGACGAAUCCGUGUCUUAUUGCUCCUCGGCGAAGGGCAAGUGCAAGACAGCCUCGAUUGAGAUGGAACAUGUUGAAGAACAGGUGCCAGAAGGGACAAUGCAGCCUGUCGAAGAUCACCCUGCAGAGCCAAAUCUUGAUGACUUGGAGCCUCUUCACAUAUAUGAUCCUCAUAACGCACCCGAGUUCCUCGUAGGCACCUCCACCUCGCUCCUCGUCCAAGCAACCCCAGGCUACCACAGCAUCGUCCGUCCCCGCGCACACCCAGCUCACCGCAGACGCAAUGGGCCCCGCCGACGCCCCGGCGCGCUCGUCCUCGCGCUCGGCUCCCAGCUUGACCAUCACGGCUCCGAUGAUGGCCACGAGAGCACGCCUGCAGAUUCCACGCCGCAUACGGGCGACUCUCGCUCGCGCUCACGCUCACGCUCCCACUCACGCUCACGCCAGCCCCAGGCGCCGCGGCCGCAAGAUCUUGACCUGAAGGCCCUCGAGCUCCUCGUGGGCCCCAUGGAAUCCCGAUCAAAGCCCAAGCCAAAGGCGAAGGAGAAGCCGAAACUCAGAGUCGCCCCGGUGCAGGUCGCCGCGAUCGGCAGGUCUCCGAAGCUAUCGCCGCUGGAGAGAGCGGACAAGCCGCUGGUGACUCGGUAUCCCACCAGACCUCUCCUUUCGCCUGCGAGCCCGCCUGCUACUAACGGCCCCAUGCUUGGCCGCAAUCCUGUGCGCCGGCAUGCAGUGUUUGCUUCCUUCGUGCGCUGGUUUCGCCGAUGGACACGAUAG